AUGUCGCGGGACGACGAGGGGAGCACCGCGGGGAUGGUGCCGCACGGCGCCGGGGACGCGCCGGCGGUGUUGCUCCACGGCAGCCUGGACAUCUGGAUCCACGAGGCGCGCAACCUCCCCAACAAGGACAUCCUCUCCAAGACCAUGAGCGACCUCCUACGCAAGAAGUCCUCGUCAUCCGACGCCAUGACCAGCGACCCCUACGUCACCGUGCAGGUCGCAUCCUCCGUCGUCGCCCGCACCUUCGUCAUCCCCGACAACGAGAACCCCGUCUGGGCGCAGCACUUCCUCGUGCCCGUCGCGCAUGAGGCCGCCGCCGUCAUGUUCGUCGUCAAGGACAGCGACGUCUUCGGCGCGGAGCUCAUCGGCGCCGUCGCCAUCCGCGCCGACCAGCUCGAGGCCGGGGACAGGGUCGAGGGCGUGUACCCGGUCCUCGAGCACAACGGCAAGCAGUGCGCGCCCGGCGCGGUACUGCGGCUAUCGGUGAAGUACGUCCCCGUGGCCAGGCUCACAAUGUACCACCACGGCGUCACCCCAGGCCCAGACUUCCCCGGCGUGCCCAACACGUACUUCCAGCUGCGCCGCGGCGGGAGGGUCACGCUGUACCAAGACGCGCACGUGCCCGACGGGUGCCUGCCGGAGAUCACGCUGGGAAAUGGCGCCGGCUACCGGCACGGGCAGUGCUGGCGCGACGUCUACGACGCGAUAUCGCAGGCGAGGAAGCUGAUCUACAUCACCGGGUGGUCGGUGUUCCACACGAUCCACCUGGUGCGCGACGGCGGCGGCGACAAGGCGCUGGGCGAUCUGCUCAAGAGGAAAUCGCAGGAGGGGGUAAGGGUGCUGCUGCUCGUGUGGGACGAUCCCACUUCCAGGAACGUCCUAGGCAUGAAAAUGGAAGGUUACAUGGGCACACGGGAUGAGGAGACCCGUCGAUUUUUCAAACAUUCUUCAGUUCAUAUACUGCUUUGCCCACGGUCUGCUGGGAAAAGGCACAGCUGGGUGAAGCAACAGGAAACAGGAACUAUUUUUACUCAUCAUCAGAAAACAGUGAUUGUGGAUGCUGAUGCCGGGAACCAUAGAAGGAAGAUUGUUGCUUUUGUCGGAGGCCUUGAUUUGUGCGGUGGGCGAUAUGAUACACCAAGACAUGCUUUGUUUCGGACUCUUCAGACAUUGCACAAGGAGGACUAUUAUAACCCAAACUUUGCAAUUGUUGAUGCCCGUGGCCCGAGGGAGCCAUGGCAUGAUCUGCAUUCCAAAAUUGAUGGUCCAGCAGCAUAUGAUGUCCUGAAAAACUUUGAGGAGCGAUGGUUAAAGGCAUCAAAGCGCAGCGGGUCUAAGAAGUUGUCGAAAUCACACAAUGAUACAUUGCUCUGGAUUGAAAAAAUACCUGAUAUUGCAGCUAUUGACGAUGAAAUCUAUUCAAAUGACAAUGAUACAGAGAGAUGGGAUGUUCAGAUUUUCCGAUCGAUCGAUUCAAACUCUGUCAAGGGUUUUCCAAAAGAUCCACGCGAAGCCACUAGUAAGAAUCUUGUUUGUGGGAAAAAUGUACUGAUAGAUAUGAGCGUGCAUACAGCUUAUGUGAAUGCCAUCCGAGCUGCGCAACACUUCAUCUACAUUGAGAACCAGUAUUUCCUUGGUUCUUCAUUUAAUUGGGACUCACAUAAAGAAGUUGGUGCUAAUAAUUUAAUACCGAUUGAGAUAGCCCUUAAAAUUGCAAACAAGAUCUAUACGAACGAGAGAUUUUCAGUGUACAUAGUAAUUCCAAUGUGGCCUGAAGGUAAUCCUACGGGUGCUCCUACACAGAGAAUUCUUUACUGGCAGAAAAAGACAAUGCAAAUGAUGUAUGAGAUAAUUUAUAAGGCAUUGAAAGAAGUAGGACUAGAAAAUACAUAUGAGCCGCAGGAUUACCUGAACUUCUUCUGCCUUGGCAAUCGUGAAUCUGAUGACGCUCCUAGCACUUCCAGUGGAUCAUUCUCAGACAGCAACCCUCAGGACCAAGCCCGGAAAAGCAGGAGAUUCAUGGUGUAUGUGCACUCAAAAGGCAUGAUUGUGGAUGAUGAGUACGUGAUCAUUGGGUCGGCUAAUAUCAACCAGAGGUCCAUGGAAGGAACUAGAGAUACAGAGAUUGCAAUGGCGGCAUACCAACCUCAGCACACAUGGGCAAAUACGCUUUCUGCUCCUCGCGGACAGAUUUUCGGCUACAGGAUGUCACUGUGGGCCGAGCACAUCGGAGCCGUGGAGGAGAGCUUCACCCGUCCGGAGAGCCUGGAGUGCGUGAGGCAGGUCCGCCGCAUCGGGGAGCGGAACUGGGAGCAGUUCGUCUCCAGCGAGGUGACCGAGAUGAGGGGCCAUCUGCUCAAGUACCCCGUCAGUGUGGACCGCAGGGGCAAGGUGAAACCAAUGCUUGAGUCCGCCGCGUUUCCGGACCUCGGCGGGAGCAUCUGCGGGUCGUUCCUGCACAUCCAAGAAAACCUCACGAUAUGA